UCAGCUGGUUGUGCCUGGCUGUCCCCUGUAGAUCUGCCGUGCGCUCACAACAGCAGCAGCAGCAGCACAGAUUAGUCUGGACUCAGCAUGCUGCGCCAUUCCCACUGUAACUGCGUGCGGCUUUUAACCUAUUAAUAUAGGUCUUGCAGUUUGCCAUGCGGUCCUUUUUGGCUCUGGACAAUGAAUAACACCACCGGCUUGGCGCUGGUUGGAGCGGGCAGCCGGGAAGACCCGCCGGCGCACAGAGCUCUCACUGGAUGCGUCCUGGUGCUGCUCAUCAUUUGGACGCUUGUGGGCAACAUGACCGUGUGCGCGGCCGUGUAUCGCUACCGCCACCUGCGCGCCAAGGUGACCAACAUCUUCAUCGUGUCCCUGGCUCUGUCGGAUCUCCUGGUCGCGGUGCUGGUGAUGCCGUGGAAAGCCGCGGCUGAAGUGGCCGGCUUCUGGCCGUUCGGCGGCUUCUGUAAGACAUGGCUGGCCUGCGACAUCAUGUGCUCCACGGCCUCCAUCCUCAACCUGUGCGUGAUCAGCGUGGACCGAUACUGGGCAAUCUCCAGCCCGUUUUGCUACGAGCGGAGCAUGAACAAGAGGGUGGCCUUCGUGAUGAUCGGGGUGACGUGGACAGUGUCCGUUGUGAUCUCCUUUGUUCCCGUGCAGCUGGACUGGCACCGGGCGGAAAUCAGUGACCCCGGCGGGCGCGUGGUUCCACACCUGGAGAGCACCGAGGGGAGCUGUGACUCGAGUCUGAGCCGCACUUACGCAAUCUCUUCUUCCCUUAUCAGCUUCUACAUCCCCGUUGUGAUCAUGAUCGUCACCUACACCCGGAUUUACCGGAUUGCCCAGACGCAGAUCCGGGUAAUAUCUUCCUUGGAGCGCGCGGCGGAGCACGCCCAGAGCUGCCGGUCGCACGUGCCCGAGCUGUUCCCGCACAUGUGCACAGACAUCGGUGCCAGCUCCUACCAGUCCCGCAUCAGCAUCCACCCUGAUUCCCAGUGCCCCAAUAAGUCACACCGGGAGCUCAGAGUCUCCAUCAGGAAAGAGACCAAAGUGCUGAAGACUCUGAGCAUCAUAAUGGGAGUUUUCGUUUGCUGCUGGCUGCCCUUCUUCAUCCUGAACUGCGCUUUACCUUUCUGCCCCGGACCAGGGGCCCCUGGAGCCCACCGCGGCCCCUGCUGUGUCAGCGAGAAAACCUUCGAUGUGUUCGUGUGGAUUGGGUGGAGUAACUCCUCCCUAAACCCCAUUAUUUAUGCGUUCAACGCGGACUUUAGAGACGCCUUCCUUCGCCUGUUGCGCUGCCGCGGAGGAGGCUUUCUGUCGGCGGUGAGUACAGCGGUGGAGACCAUGCUGGCGAACAACGAGGCCGGGCAACAGAGGCGAGACAGCACCCUGAAGGCAAAGUUGAGCGUGUCCACGAACACGCGGGGGAGUCAGGACAGCGGAAACACCACGGUGGCAGUGUUUUAUCACCGAGGGGCCACGAUGGAACAAGGGACGGACACUGAGGAAAGAUAUGACAAAAACCGAUUGACACAAAUACCCAGAUAAUUUUAAAAUCUCCAGGGUAAUUUUAAAUCUGGGUUUAAAAUUACCCAGAUAAUUUUAAAAUCUCCAGCCACGCUGAUCUUCUUUUAGUCUGUUUUUAGUCGAUAUUAAAUAAUUUUGUCCAUCAAACAAGUUCUUUAAGGAAAGGAAAAUCACUUAUUUUCACUUGAUAGCCCUAGAAGUAUGGGGGACUAAAAGUGUUACAAUUCAAAUAGCCAAAAACAAGUAGUUGUAGUUUAAUGGGUUUCCUUAACUAAUUAAAACUGGAAACAAACACGUGAAUAACUAUUCUAACACUUUUAUGCAUGAGUUGUGAUAAUCAUGCAAAAAAAUGCAGAAUUUUUUUGUUUUCAAUCUGUUUUUGAUGCUUUUAGUUAAAGAAAUAUGGCGGCUAAACCAGUGCGGCAACACACUUUUACAUUUUCUAACAUUGUUCACUUUUAUGAGAAAAAGAAACUAACCCUAGCCUAAAUGUUUCCCAUUUAUCCAUCAGCUCUUUGCUGAUGACUCCUUCAGAAAAAAACUCAAGUGAAAAUACACAGUGAAAUUAAACAUAAAUCAAAAGAGAGCCAUCUAUGAACUCAGUGAAAUGCAAACCCAAGCAAAAAUAUGUCAAUAUAAAAAAGGAAUACUGCUGCAUACUUGACAGCAUGCAUCACACUGGUGACACAGAGGUCGGCCCUGGGGAAACCCUGUAAAAGAAAACCUUUACUGAUGAAUACCAUUUGUCAUAAACCACCCCCUCUUGAUUCCACAGUCCCAGCUGCAUGAUCUGAAUGCUCACAUUGCCUGUGAUCUGUGCAAUAAGACGUGAAAGGACGAAGUGACCUGUGGGUCGUGGCUUGUCGUAUAUAAUGAAACAACAAUGUGAGAAGAGGCUAACAUCAUUUGUUUAAGAUUGACUUGCUGUGCAGGUUAAACCCACAUAGGUGGGCCACUAUGGAUAUUCUAAUGGUUUCUCUGAGCAUUCAGACGCAGUAACCAUGAAUGAAUAAUGACAUGUUAUUUUAACAGAUAAUUACUUCAGAUUAUGAAUAAUGGAUUUCACAUUAUUUUAUUAGCCAUUCAAUACAUAAUACAUUGAAGUUACUACAAAUGAUUUUAUUCCCCAAAUUGCAUUAAUUUUUGUUUUUAUUUACCUUAUAGCAUAAAUAUUCACCUAAUCAGUUAAUCAUUUAUUACAUCGCCACACUUUUGACCAUGAUGUAAUUUCAUAAAUAGGCCGAGGUAUUUCUGUUCUGUGAUCUUCAUAUUUGGACUGGGGUUUUCAACAGCAUUUAUUUAAGUGACAUUUGGUGGCCAAGCAGGACCAGAUGCUCAUACUGGAUCAUUGUCCUAAAGUUCAUGCUCUUCUUGUCCCUGACUUUUUCCAGUAUCACUGCUCAGAAACUGGAAAUACCGUCCACUUAAAUUUUUUGUUCAGCCAUGAAGAGUAAUGGUACAGAAAGAGAGAGAUAAUAAGCUUAACUCACACAUAGACAGCCAUUAAGGACUUGUUAUAUUUCCACCAGUUUAAUCCAUCAGGUGUCACAUUUAUUUGAUUAAAUCUAAGAAUAAAACUUUGAAGAAAAAACUUCAAGCUGCUUUGAUUAGUUUGGAAAUCUGACAUCUUAAAGUUUAUGUUUUAAAACUGCUGACAUUUUUAAUUCUGGACACAGUCACACUGUAUAUGGGAUCUUGACAUUUUUCAUAUAUUUUGGACUUUCAUUUGUAGGUAAUGUGUGCAUUUUUUUUCUCCAGGCAUUUUUAUGGAUGAACAGUACAAUGUAUGAAUUAGCAGUUUUCUAAUCUACUUUAUUAUUUAAGCUCUUUCCCUUUAAGAUGGGGGUUGGUAAUUCUGGUCCUUUUGGGUCAAUAUCAUUCAUGUCUUCAGGUAUUUGAUUGCUUGAACGCACAAAUGAAAAGAGCUUUUGUCAGCUCCUGCUGUAAUGCCAUAGAAAUACUUCAGGUGUUUGAUUCAGGUGGAGCAGGGGACACGUCUAAAAUAUAAUGAGAACUGAAAUCCCUCCAGUUCUUCCAGCAGGUCCUAAAACAAUCUGAUAAUAGUGUGAAUACUAAUUUAAGGUUCCAGUUGAUUUUGUCCACAUCCUCUCUCAUCACAUUGGUGUAGGUGGAUUAGUGAGUGAAGUGAUUAUCUGGCUGUUUGAUCCCCAUCUCUUAAAACCCCACACUGUUCCUGACACAGUUCUGUGAAAAAGUAUUGAUAUAUCUUGAACAUCAAAUGUGGGACAUUUAAAGGUUAAAUGUAUUUUGUUGUGACUUUAUGUGAACAAGACAUAGUGCUGUGUGCCAGUCUCAAGUCUUUUGCAGCCUUUCGCAGGUUUUCCUCCAGGAUUGCACCAAUCAACUCCGACCACUUCCCCUGUCUCUGCUCAGAGGACUCUAUUAGUAGGAAAGAGUAUUUUAUUUAGUCCUAGCACAACGUGCGCCACAGUGCUCAGACAGUUAUUAAGACAAAUAUUUGAAAUCUGUGUAAAUAUUAUGGCUGCAAUUAACAAUUAUUUAGUACUCAAUUAUUUAGAAUUAUUGAUUACUCAAAGUAAUCAAUAAUUCUAGUGAUUGUUCUGACGGCCAGUUGAUUAAUAUGAUAAAAGAGAUGGUCCAUUCUGCAGAUUUUUCAUUUUACCACUUAAGCCUUUUUAUACAAUAGUAGAAAUAUUCAAAAUGCAAAUAAACAAAAACCCCAAUAGUUUUUUACAAAAUAAGAAAAUAAACAUUUGAUUGCCUAAAAUACAACAACAUAACAUUUCUUUAGGAAAUCUGCACUGAGGGAUUUUAGCUAAAACAUAUUUACAGACAAAAGUGAUUUCGCCUUAAAUUCAAAUGUACAUAUUUUUGGUACAGUUUGUAAAUAUCUAGUUUUUGUAAAGCAAAUGGCCUCUUUUGAAUCUGAAUACUCCAGUUAACUUACUUGAUUACUAAAUUAGUUCAAAAAUCUUUUCAGUAAUCAGUUAAACAAGAUAAAUUGUUGAAUUAAUUGUUUCAGCCCUAGUAAACAUCUGUCCACCUUAUGGUCCUGCAUUACUUUUUGUUGCUCUGUUGUGUAGCAUUUCAAUAAACUACAAAGAUGUUUGUUCACUAAAGGCAAAAAUGUUCAAGUUGUAUGAACAUUUUUGAAUUUGCAAGGCACAAUAUUCAGAGAGGAAUAUGUAAAUUCCUGUGGAGUGUGAUGUGUGUUGUAAAAGUUGCUGAAUAUAUGAUUAAAUAAGUGAGAAAACAUUGUAAAGUGCUUUCAAAAUAAAAUAAGGUUGAAAGAGAA